CGAUGGAGUCGGAGUGGGACCCUCUGAGGACGCUGGGGGUGGUUACCGCUGUGUGCCUGCUGCUGUGGGCGACUUGGGUGGUGGGCCACACAGUGUACGUCUACCUGCUGCCCCAGGCACGCCGGGGCGCCCCUUGGCUCCGGGCGCAUGGAGCCUGGGCAGUGGUGACAGGUGCCACCAGCGGCAUCGGCAGGGCCUACGCACACGAGCUCGCCCGGAGAGGUCUGAACAUCGUCCUCAUCAGUAGAAGCCUGAGCAAACUGGAGCACGAGGCAAAGGAGAUAGAGCGGCUUCAUGGAAGGAUCACACGGAUCAUCCAGGCCGACUUCACCGGGGGCUUGGAGAUCUACGGGGCCAUUGAGGCAGGACUGAAGGACCUGGAGAUCGGAAUACUGGUGAACAAUGUGGGCAUGCAAUAUACACACGGCUUGAAGAAACUGCUAGACUGUGACAACGUCGCCAAAAGACUCCUGGAUAUUAUAAACUGCAACAUACUGUCUGUGGUCCAGAUGACUGGAAUUGUCCUGCCUCAAAUGGUCACUAGGGGCAAAGGCAUCAUCAUCAACAUCUCUUCAGGAUCUGAAACGAGACCUUGUCCACUUUUAGCAGUGUACGCGGCCACUAAGGCCUUUGUGCGAAGCUUCUCCAUGGCGGUGGGCGCAGAGUACUUCUCUCAGGGGGUCGACGUGCAGACAGUGAGCCCCUACGCGGUCUCCACGAACAUGACCCAAAACAUUCACUGGGGAGUGAAUGCCGAAGACUUUGCUCGGCAGGCGCUGGACACCCUUGGCCUCACCUCCCACACCCCUGGGUGCCUCAGCCACGCUUUGCAGACUUUCCUGGUGUUUUUCGUGCCCAACUGGUUUUCUCUCAGUCGCUGGGGAGUGAAGUUAGCAUGUCUGUGGGCGAGCAAGUACAAUGUGAAAUUCAGGAAAUAAAGGCGUUGAAGAGGAGUGGCCGCUUGAUUCUCAUCUCCCACCCCCCAGUCCUGGGACAGGGCUGUUGAUGUUAGCAAAGAUGUCCCACCCGUGAGAACAGACGGACAAGCGGGCGAUGGAACAGAACUGGACCCCCGAACACCUGGACAUUUAGUGACAACUCAGCUUCUCAAACCUCUGACAGGAGGAUGGAGUUUUUAAUAUGUGGCGCUGAGUCAACUAGAUGGCCAUUUGGAGAAAAAGAAAACUUAUAUACAUAAUUGUAGUGGCGAUGGUUGCAAAACUUUGUGAAUAUCCUAAAAACCACUGAAUUGUACACAUUUAAAGGGUGAAUUUUAUGAUAUGUGAAUUAUAUCGCAAUAAAAAUAAUUUUUAAAAUAGA